AGAAGGGGCAGUUCCUUGGGCUAAGGCGCCGGGACGGACUGCGAGUGCUGACCAAUUGGCGCGCAGCAGUGGGAUUUCCCUGCCCGCUCUUUUUGCAUACAGCGCGGUUAGCCUCUGCCCGCCUCCACCCCCUUUUCGAGGUACGGCGUAGUCGCCUCUAACGGGGUGACAGAGGGGAGGGGCCUGCAGGCGGGACGCCUCUGCAUGCUGGACGCUGCCUUCGCUGUGCUUUCCUGCAGGGCUGCUUUGCUCAGAAGAGGAAAAGUGUUGUAACGGAACAAUGAAAAUGUUGGUCAUUGGACUUGGAGGUGUUACAAAUGGAGGCAAAACAACUCUGGCAAGAAAGCUGAAGAAACUGCUUCCCAAUUGUACUAUAAUUUCUCAAGAUGACUUUUUUAAGCCAGAAUCUGAAGUGGCCAUAGAUGAUCAUGGAUUUCUGCAAUAUGAUGUACUUGAUGCCUUGUACAUGGAGACAAUGGUGGCAAGCAUACGCUCUUGGAUGACAAAACCAGAAGAAUCUGCAUUGCCAAGACCACCCAAUAACACACAUGAUGAUCAGACAGGAGCAAAAGAUAUUCGUAUCUUAAUUAUUGAAGGUUUCCUUCUGUAUAACUACAAGCCCCUUUGUGGUAUAUGGGAUAAAAAAUAUUUCUUAACAAUUCCUUAUGAAGAGUGUAAAAGGCGAAGAAGCAACAGAAUAUACAAUCCACCAGACCCACCUGGAUACUUUGAUGGUCACGUGUGGCCCAUGUAUCAGAAACACAGGAAAGAAAUGGAAGAAAAUGAAACAAGCAUCGGUAUAGCUAACAUUCUUAUAGUUCUCCCAGUAUAUUUAGAUGGAACAAAACCACAGGAAGACCUCUGUUCAAAGAUAUAUAAUGAUAUAAUGCAGGAAUUGGAAAAGUCAAGUGAACAAGGCAUUAUUAUGCAUGCAUAAAAUAUGUGAUGGUUGGUUCCCAGCCUGGACAGUUUCAUAACAACCACCUGUAAGUUCCUUCAUUAAUCAUUGAAGAACAUCCCAUUCCCACUUGCCAGUUCACAGAAAGGCAGUAAAAAUUCAACGAGGAAAACUCAGCUCUACUAUAGUUUGGGAUAUAUUGGUUGUGGUUCAGAACAGUUGUUGGAAUUCCUGUAACCCCAUUUCUUUCUUCUUAAUAAAUCUUGUCAAAAAGACUCUGAGAA